CAACUCUGCAGUUUAUUAAUGUAAUUAAUUAAAACCAGCUGGGGGACUUCCAAAAACCCUUAAUCAAAAAAAAAAAAAAAUCUUUAUCUCUCAUCUCAGAUCUUAUCGUUAUUUGAAUUCUUAUUUGAAUUCUUGUUGGUAUCUUGGCUUUAAUGUGUGCGUAAAACGACAAAACGCUCCAAAGUGUGGGUCUAAUGUGUGUGAAAAUAUGCGAACUGUAAAAGGGUGCCAGAUCUGCGGAGGGAAAUUCUCCUUCUCCGUGUUGGAAUACACACCCGAGGCUCUGGUUCAAAGUCCCACGAAGUUAAUAAAAAAAAAAAAAAAAAAUCAGCUGGCUUGGAAGGGGGAAAUGACUUUGUAUGCUGUGUUUUCAGAUAUAGCCGGGGAGGAGAAGAAGGUGUUGGAUUGUUGAUAGGGGACAGUGAGUGUGUGUUGUGUGUGUGUGUGCAUGCAUGUGUGCAUGUGUGUGUGAGAGUCAAGGAGGAGGAGGAGUGUGACUGUGUAAUUACGUGGGUGAAAAAAAAAGAAAAAAAAAAAAAAGUUGGGUCUGAUUUGCUGGAGUCGCGCAGGGACGAAGGUGCGCCGGUCGAUUUCCUUAUCAACUUUGGUGAAAGCUGGGGUGAACAUCACACACUCAGCGACCCUCUGAAGCUUCCCACAAUGCUUUUAUGAACAAGAUAUCACAGCAGCGAGACGCGCAAAGAGCCCAUGUUGCAGAGGAGUACGCAGCAGCAGCAGCAGCAGCAGCAGCAGCAGCCCUGUUCGCACCGGUUCUACGAGUAGACAAUCUUGCAAAUGCUUAUCGGCAUGUCAACUUAGAAAAAGAAAAGCAAAAAAUCCGCUUAUUCUCCCUUUUCUCUGCGGAGACGACAAUCUUUGGAUCGCAAAUAUUUGAUGGAUCUUCUUGGAUAAUCUGCUGUUGUUUUACGCGGAAAGCUGCUCCACAGUAUUGCAUGGUGCUCAUCGGUCCAGGAAUGGCGCGAUAAAGUGAACAGAGGAAUCAGUCCAAGUACAUUCACUGUCUUUGUAGCCGUCUCGUCAUGUAUUCUCCGAUUUGUCUUACUCAGGAUGAAUUUCAUCCCUUCAUAGAGGCGCUUCUUCCACACGUCCGUGCCAUCGCCUACACAUGGUUCAACCUCCAGGCCAGAAAACGCAAGUACUUCAAGAAGCACGAGAAGCGGAUGUCCAAGGACGAGGAGCGCGCGGUGAAGGACGAGCUUUUGGGUGAGAAGCCCGAGGUGAAGCAGAAAUGGGCAUCCAGGCUGCUGGCCAAGCUGCGUAAGGACAUUCGGCAGGAGUACCGGGAGGACUUUGUCCUCAGUGUGACGGGGAAGAAGCACCCGUGCUGCGUGCUCUCCAACCCGGACCAGAAGGGCAAGAUCCGCCGGAUCGACUGUUUGCGGCAGGCCGACAAAGUCUGGCGUCUGGACCUGGUGAUGGUCAUCCUCUUCAAAGGCAUCCCUCUGGAAAGUACAGACGGCGAACGCCUCGUCAAGUCUCCACUUUGCGCCAACCCCGCACUUUGUGUCCAGCCUCACCAUAUUACAGUAUCGGUCAAGGAGCUGGACUUGUUUCUAGCGUACUAUGUCCAGGACCAAGACUCACAGCAGUCAGGAAGUCCCAGUAACAAUGAGCCAGGCAAGACCCCUCUUCCAGUCUACUUGGAAGACAGCUUCAUCAAAUCAGGAGUCUUCAGUGUUACAGAACUGGUGCGAGUUUCCAGAAUGCCCAUCACCCAUGGCGCGGCGGUAAACUUCUCCAUGGCAGACAUGCCCAGCCAACCCUACUACCACGACCUGAACUCCAGCGUGGGGCUGCAUCGCUCCCUGUCCUCCCCUCCCGGCAGUAAAAGGCCCAAAACUGUCAACAUGGAGGAGAACAUGGACACCAGCCCAACAGGACCUGACUUCUACUCGUCACCCAGCUCACCAGCCAGCACCAGGGCAAACUGGCAUGACAGAGACGGAGACAUGUCCUCUCCUACGAUGAAGAAGCCAGAGAAGCCGCUGUUCAGCCCUACUUCCCCACAGGACUCCUCACCGCGACUCAGCACUUUCUCUCAGCCUCACCACCCAGGCCUAACAGGUGUAGGACACAGUGUCAUAUCGACGAGGAGCCCCCCUCCACACUCGCCCCUGCAGUUCUCCGCCUCUGCCAUCUUGCCCCCAGCACCGUCACCUUACUUCUCGCACACCACCAUCCGCUACCCUCCUCACCUCAACCCCGCGGAUCCCCUCAAGAGCUACGUGCCGUCAUACGACCCGUCCAGCCCACAGAGCAACCAGCCUAACAGCAGUGGUCAGGUGAUAGGAAAGGUCCCAGGCCACUUCACCCCAGUUCUGGCUCCUUCCCCACACCACGGCACAGUGCGACCCGUCACGCUCUCCAUGCCUGACACCAAGCCCAUCACUACAUCCACAGAAGGCUACUCAUCCCCCGGCACCCCAACGGCUAAUCGUUUUGUCGGCCUGAGCACGAGAGAUCCCACCUUCCUCCACCAGCAACAGCUGAGGAAGUGUGACUGGAGCGUGACUCAAAACGGCAGGCAUUAUGGCCCCAGUGCCACUGACGACACUUUGGGGAUUACUUGGCAAAGUCCUGGUACCUGGGCGAGCUUAGUUCCAUUCCAAGUGUCGAACGGGACUCCGAUUCUGCCAACAAAUGUCCACCAGAACUACAGCAUAAACAUCAUUGGUGAGCCCCUGGUUCCCGCUGAGACAGGGAACUGAAAACGCAGAGGCCGGAUGACCCCAUAGGGUGGAUGGGUGGUGCAGAGCUCGCACUACAGGUGUCUGCAGCCAUGGAUGAAACCAGCAAAGCAGCACGAGCUGCGCAAUCGUCCCCCCAACCCUUUCCCCCACCACAAUCUAACCCCCUCUCCAUCUCCCGUCCCUCCCCAUGAAGGACACUGGCCGUGAAGUGAAGACGAGGGAGUCAGUUCAGAGGGAAAAAAAUAAAAAGUUUCAGGUCUUCUGUCUCAUCGCCGAAGCCCCGCCCACACAUCCACCACCCACCAGUCAGUUGUUUCGUUUGCAGAACUUUUCAAUCCAUUCAACUACUGUGAUGUAUAGAUGCCUUAAUGUUUUAUUGCAUGACACUCUAGUCUCUUAGCGGCAAUUCCUAUUUUUCCAAGGUAGGGGAAAACAUAAAAUGUCAAUAUUACACACACAAACACACGCAAACACACACACACACACACACACACACACACACACACACACACACACACUGCGGUCUGUGCAUCGAUAACCUCUGCCUGGUGGAUGGCUCUGAGACUCUAAGCUCUCCGACUCAGACCUCUUAUAAAGAGGCUUUCCCAUGUCAAACGAUUCACUGUGUGCACCAUAGGAACAAACAAAAUUGUGAAUUCAGAGUGUUUCUUCUUCCAUUUGAUUUCAGUUUACUGUGACACGACUCUUUGUUCAGAAAAUGUGUUGACUUUGCUUAUUCUUUACUGCUACUUACUUAAAAAAUGAAUGCGAACACUUGUGAGGGUUAAGAACUCUCGAUGCGGUUUUCAAAAAACACUAAAUGUAAGGUUUGAGAUUGGACCCCUCAUUAAAGAAUUUGUAACUCCUUUACAAAAGGAAUUUAAAGACGGAGUAUAAGAAAUUCUCUUUAGAGGCAAGUGCAAUUGAAUUUUUGAAGGGAAGCUAUCAGUCUGUCAGCCCUAAGACUCUAAAGGAAGGGGGAUAAAUAUUAAAUGGGUUUUAUGGGUAAAAUGUUUAAAAAAAAAACAUUUGAAAAUUAUUUCAGUCACACAUCCGUCUCCUCACAUGACAAAAUCAUAAAGCAUGAAAGGCAGUUUAAGGCAAGCACUAAGCUACCUGUGCAGCGCUGAGCAAAACCAGCACUUUUUUUGAGAACUAUUUUGAGCCCUACCUUUCAAUAUGGGAAGAUUUUUUUUUUUUUUUUGGGGGGGGGGGGGG